UAAGGGUCAUUAUAGUAAUUGUACAUAUACAUGCAACCAAAGGUUACUUUUAUACGUUCAUAGUGCAGUGAUAGUUAAGUUUGAGCUGCUCCAAGCUAGGAUUGCUGCCUGCAAAUGUGGGCUGGACGAGCUAGCAUCACAAGCAGCCUGUUUGCUGUGCUUCUGGGCGCUCAGCUGGUGUGUGUGACCCUAGGCCAAGUGGAGUCAACUAUGAGAUGGGUGAAAGCUGCAGAUAACACUGCUUUGUGCAAUGACCGAACUAGAGCUGGCUUUUUCAUCAGUAGGAACAGAAACAAUACUGACCCACGUUCUGGAAAGUGGGUAAUUUUCCUGGAGAGUGGAAGCCUGUGUUACUCUAAUGAUACCUGCAACAGGCGCUUCUUCAACAGUAAGACACGUCGGACGUAUGAUGCCAGGACUCCAUCAGAUGCACCGAGAUUUCCUCCUUUCGGUCGGUUCGACCCACAGCUGGCAUGGGACAACACUGUCAACAAUAUCGACAGCCCAGAGGACCCGGAAACAGUUAUUAACCCCCUGAUGAGCUCCAUGAAAUGCUUCAAUACAAGCAGCCAAUUUCCUGAUGGCUUUGAGAUUAACGGCACUGACUUCUUUGAUCGUAAUGACCAAUACAACAAGCUAUUCCCUGCACACAACCACGUCAUCAUUCCCUACUGCUCCUCCGAUCUGUGGCUGGGAGAUGAGCAAGAAGGAACAGAAUGCGACUGUUUCAAUUUCACUUGCUUCGACUUUAAUCCUUCUUCUGCAGGCCUUCAAUUUACGUUCCGAGGGAAGAAAAUAUUUCAGUCGAUUAUCAAUCAAUUGGUGAAUGGUCAUGGUAUGGGAAUGGCCACAGAAAUAGUGCUGUCCGGUUCGAGUGCUGGUGGUGUGGGUGUGGUCAACCACGCCCAGUGGUUGCAAAGACAGCUGCAACCAAACGCGGAACUGUUUGUCAUUUUUGAUUCUGCAUGGUUUAUCAACUUUCAAGACUCCAUCUAUCGGAUAUUCGAUGGAACUGCCAGUCGGACAGAGUCUCGAGAGCAGAGGGAGAACAACCGUCGACUACUCGGCAUACUCAAGUCCAACGAGGCAUGUAAUGACACCUCUCUCGGGUUCCCCUGCUGUAUCUCCGCCCACUGCAUGUUCACCACGGUGAACACCACCGGGUCCCUGCGUUACUUUCCCGAGGAUGUUAGAGUGUUUGCUAUCUCCAGCAUCUACGACGUGUUCCUCCUCGUGCCAGCUGCUCAACAGGUGUUCGAUGAGAGCAAUGAGUUGCGUCGAAACGCUUCUACUCAAAGUCUGGGCACCACAGCAGCUGACGUGGAUGAAGAAGGAGUGAGUGCAGACUUUAUCAUCAACUUCCUGCGAUUGCUCGGAGAAUACGGGGGAGCCAUGAACACCACCAUCAUCGACUCUCUCAACCAGUUUGACAAUCUUGCGGUGUACCUGCCUCAGUGUAUGCAGCACGUCUACCUGGCCACCUCCACUCUCAGAGGAGAACCAAAUAGUGUCCUUGGCAACGAUGGAAUCAACAUUGACCGAGAUGUUCUUCAAUUUCGGCACACCAUUGAGCAAGGUCGCUGGAACUCAUCUAACCUUGCAAACACUCCUACUGAACGAAAUCGUACCAUCACCAUCCAGGGUGCGCUGUUGGACUGGUACAUGCGCAUUGACAACAGCAACAUCAAUUCGUAUCAGUACCGUGCCACCUGUCAGGGCCCCUACUGCCACCCUGGUGUAUGCCCCGAUAGGCUCACCCUACUCAAUGCUGGUCAAAAUAACUGGCCACCUUGGUCCAAGGUCCUCAUUGCCUGUCUCAUUAUGGGCCUCUCUGUCAUCAGUCUGUUCAUGAAGAUGUUGUUUGUGGUGUGGCUCUACCGUCUCGAGAGAAAGCAGGAUGCAUACUUGGAUAUUUUGGACCAGCGCCGCGGUGAGGCGGAAGAGGACGUCCUAGGAUUUCCUAGAUGUGAAGAAGAAGACGCCAUCGCAGUAUCCUGUCUGGACAUUCACUACUCCGUGUCAUUCCGAGCAAAAAAGGCAGUAAAAGACGAAAAAAAAGACCAGACAGCUCCAAUUGUGCUCAACAACAUUGCCAAUACAUCCAGUGACUCGGAUAGUGAGCCAGAAGAGUCAAGUCGCUCAUCACGCUUGUUUAGCCUCUCAGGGGCCAGCAUCAGACGCAGUGGGCGUCAUAAGACCACACGAAACCGUGCCUCUGCUCUGCUUCGACGCACAUCUCACUUUGUGCUCCCUGAAACUUCUCGGAGGAAAAGAUCCAAUGCUGACCUGAAGAGACAUAAGUUCUCCAAGAAAGGAUCAGUGCCUCCUCACCUUGCCGGGAAGAGUAUCCCUCCAGUGUGCUCAGACUCUCAGACGCCUGAGGCUGCAUGCAUGCAUGAGGUUGAGGUAGAGAAGGAAGUGUUCGGCUAUCGAAAGAAGAAAAUUUUGAAAGCCGUCUCAGUCUAUUUCAACCCCGGGGAAAUGAUUGGUGUGAUGGGUCCUUCUGGAUGUGGCAAGACCACUUUCCUCGACCUCAUGACUGGCCGAAGGAAGACAGGAACUUUUCAGGGGGAGAUCUACGUGAACGGCAUUCCAAUGGAUGAGAUUCGUGACUGGUAUGUGGCUAAUACUGGGUACGUCCUCCAGUUGGCCACACCUUAUUACGAAGAGCUCACUGUGAGAGAAAACUUGACACUGGCCGCUCAGAUGAAGCUACCCAAGACGUUCACACUCAAAGAGAAGUUUGAGAGGAUAGAACAAGUAGUGGAAGUGACUGGACUAACCAAGCUAGCUGAAACAGUGGUGGGUGGAGCUACCGGUCCCGGUCUCAGUGGUGGCCAGAAAAGACGACUUGCUGUUGCCCUACAGCUGUUGAAAAUGCCCAGUAUUAUCUUUUUGGAUGAACCAACAUCGGGUCUCGAUGCCACCGGUUCAUUUGAACUCCUCUCUCACCUGAACAAGCUGGCUGACUCCAACCGCACAGUGGUCCUCACUAUCCAUCAGCCACGACUCGAGAUAUUCCACAUGUUCGACAGACUAGUACUGCUCUCAGACGGAAAGGUUGCCUACCACGGAGCCCCUGAGAAGGCCUACGAAGUGUUCGUCAAUGCCUUGACUGCACGCUACCUGGAACAAGGUCUGGUCAUCCCUGAGCUGGAGGACCACAAUCCUGCAGAUGUUAUCAUGGACAUGUUGGGAAACCAGAAGAUGAGACAGAUAAUCACCGAUCACUACCAAAUGUCAGAUGAGCCACGGCUUGUGAAGAGGGCUAUCACUGCAGCAAGAUGGAAGGAGUACAGCACUUCAAUAAACUCUCUAGACACUAUCUCGAAUACUUUCUCCUACGCUCUGUUUGGUUCUAAGAAGGUUGCCAGGAGGCAGGCAGACCUGUUCACACGAAUGGCCACUCUUGAGGCUCGAGGAUCCAAGAGAGGCUUUGUUUUCUUCCUACCUUUUAUGUUCUUUGCUUUUGGAUUUGUACUCGGAACUGUAUACCUUCAACAGUUGGAACCUCUGUAUAUCAUCUCUGGAGUGUGUGUGUUCUCUGUGGCCAGUGGACUGUUCAUGUUCCCAGCUAUGUACCCCUAUUACCAGAGAGCACUUCAGGUGUAUUCGUAUGAGAAAGCUGAUGGCGUGGGUCGGUCUGUUGACCUGGUGCUGCAAGGGUUCAUCCGGUUCUCCGCUCUUUCAGUGCUACCAGCCAUUAUCUCAGCGUCUAUUCUCUACCUCAUGUUGAUCAAUGCCCAAGCAUACAACGCGCUGGCCUUCCUGCAAGUGGUCCUAGUGAACGUUGCCCUGAGCCAGUGUUGGAUCUCCCUCCUCAUUGCCCUCAUCUGUGCCAUCCCCAACACCGCCUUCAGAGUGUCCUCUGGCAUCUCAGCAGUAGCAGGGUUCACCAGUGGCUUCUUCAUACCAGUGGAGCAACUGGGCUGGUGGUGGCGAUGGCUAGUGUACAUCAACCCCAACUAUUACGCUGUGUCCUCUGUAGCCGUGUUCGUGCUAUCCGACUUUCAAGCCCCCUGUCCUGGUUCAGAGUUCGAUUGCUUUUUACAAUCAGGUACCCAGAUCCUACAACAGUUCAACUUUGACCAAGUCAACCCCUACAUUCAUCUCACGGUUAUUCUGUUUUUCACGAUCUUCUACCUUUUCCUGGCCAUUUUUGCCAACUGGGUUCGCCAUACCUCCAUCAGCAGCAAACUCAAGAGGUUCAAGGCCAUCCUCUUCAGGAAGUCGAGUGACAUGUUAUCCAAAGAGUUUGAUAAGAACCCUGACGAGUUUGCCAGGAGCUUCAGUAUGGACGUCUCCUUGGAUGAUCCCUCCCAGGGCCCGGAGAAAGACCCUGCCGUCAUGCUGACCUCACCCCUCUCACCCAUCGGGGAGGCUGAUGAAGACGAUGCCAGUGAAGCCAUGACACCACAUACCAAGGCUGCAAUUAACUGGAGGUCAAUGGCUGACCGAACGCUAACGAGACUCGAGGCGGAAGGUGGACUGCACCCUCAGGAGCACCCAGUGAUCGAGGAGCAGGAGAAAGCAACUGGCUGGGCCAAAGUGCAGAAGAAAGUACGUAUCAAUGACGACAGACCACAACGUCCAACAAUGAUUCCCCUUAAAAGUGAGGACAAUGAGAAAUCGGCUUACCUCCGUGAAGGUGACUCACAUCGGGUGUGGAGGCCAAAGAAGGCUCCUCAGCUAGCUGAUCUUGUGAGUGAUUUGCUCAAGAAAGAGAAGACCAAACAAAGCAGUGAGCCAAGCGUGUCUGCUACCACACCUGUGGGGCCGAGAUUCCUAGCUCUUACUCCCACGGCAGCAUCAAGAUCUAACUUGAAAGCCAGGCAAAAAACUGUGUUCAAUCGAGUCCUAGCCACGCAAGUGUUGCUUCGUGAAACAACUGAUGAACUUUUGAAAGAAGACGAAGAUCAACAGCUAAAACCACACAUUUCAUUACUGGAAGCUUCCAAGAAGAUUACGGCCAAUAUCAAAAAGCAACGCUCGGCUGAUGAAGAUGCAAGAGGUGAUGAAUUCUCGUCUGUGGUCAGAAGUUGUCUUAAUAAAAUGAGAUCGGGUGACGGGUCGAUGGAUGCGAGUACACCGAACGAUAAUUUAGGAGCUAAAGGAUUUAGUAAUGGCGUACGACGUCGUGGUUCCAAAAAAGGAGCUGUUCCACUGAAGAAAUGGAAGCAUCUUGCACGUAAAGAAACUCAGGCUCAAAUCGGGAAAAACCCUGUGUACGACAGAACAAUUUCGGAAUAUCCUCUCAGGGCAAUGCCAGAAACUACUGUUACAAGCCACAAAGCCCUAGGAAGAAGUACCUCUGCCGGUACAGUGCCAGCUGAUGAGUCAUCAUUCGGAAUAACACUUGUUGAACCUGGAUCUUCAUCAGCCCACCCAACAGCAGAUUCAACAAUAAACAUCACUAUUACAAAUCCAGGUGACACCACACCUCCUGCCCACCAGCUUCUAAUGAAGAAGGAUUCACACGGGGUGAUAAAACCGAGUAAGAUGGCGCAGUUGAAAGGUGCCGUGGGUCGCAGAGGAAGUGCUGGUCUCUCUCGGCAGACCCCCAUCGAUUUAGAAGCUUCUCUGACAUCGUCUAUCACUCCUCUGAUCCAAAACAGAGAUUCAGACAGCCCUGAGGGGGUAGAAAUGGGCGUAGCAUCUGGAACGGGGAAGAGACUGUUGUUGAAUGACCCUCCACAGAAGAUACUAGGUCGUAGCCCUUCGCCAGACUCACUGGGGAAGAAUGUCACUAGCACCAUGUUGUAAAUUAUCACCAGUUUAAUAUAAUUAUGUAUUGACUUUUACUUUUAUUGUUAUCACACUUUAGUGCCAAUAUCACAAAGCUGCCUUAUAUUUCAAAAUUA